UGUAAAGUAGAUGUUUUUAAUUAUAGAUCAAGCUCUAUAGUCACAUACAGUUUAAUAUUAUCCUUCUCGUGUAUAAGUCGCGCUAAAUCUCUUCGCACAAACAUUGAAAACAUGGCAUGUGAAAAUUUACUCGGAGUGGUGAUUGUUUUAAUUAAAAUUUUUGGCUCCUUCAGUCAAAGGCUUUCCUACGGAGAACCUUGUAAUUUUACAGAAGAAUGCUCGGAUCAUCGAUACGAAUGUCUUCCUGCUGAAGAAGAGAUUUUGCGAUGUCUUUGUGAUAGAUUUCAUUCUUGGAUGGGCGAAAAUGUGGGUUGUGUUCAAAUGUUCAACGCUUCGGAAAUAAUGAAUAUGACUGUGACUGUCACAGACAACAUAAACCAACUAGAGGAACAAGUGGAGGAAGUGAUUAAAGUUCAAAUCGCUGCAGGAUUAUUUGUCUUUGGGAUGGUCAUAUUUGCGUCAAUUGCUGUAACAGUGUUUUGUAUUUACGUCCACGUGAAGGACCGCAAAGUGGGUAAAACAGUUUCGUGCAAGAAGAAACGAGAAGGCAAGAGCACGCUUCGGGUGAAACCUAUGCCAUCAACUUCUCUUGUAUAAUUUUUUAUUUAAAUUUGAAUAAAAGACAAAGUAUUUUAAA